AUGCGCUUUCAAGCUUCUUUCGCGGCCCUUUUGGCUGCUGCCGCUACUGCUUCUGCUCAAUCCGUCGCUGGAAAAGCGUACGGUUUCGCUGCUGGUGUCACUGGUGGCGAGGGCGAGGCUGUUACCCCUGCUACUGCUGAGGAGCUCGCUAAGCUUCUUGCUGAUGAUACUCCUCGUGUCAUUUACAUUGACAAGGAGUUUGACUUUACUGGUCAGACAAAGACUGGCCCUGGAUGUGAUCGCAAGAGCUGCAGCGCUUCCAACGGCGGUCAGCUUUACCUCGGUGAUCUUUCUUGCGGUGGUGAAGACAACGUUGCUGUGUCCUCAAUCACUUACGAUGCCGCUGGCCCUGAGCCUCUUCCUGUUGGAAGCAACAAGAGUAUCAUCGGUAACGGCAAGGCUGUCCUGAAAGGAAAGGGUCUUUCCAUUAAGAAGGGCUCCAGCAACGUCAUCAUCCAGGGCAUUGAGAUCACCCAACUCAACCCCGGUAUCGUCUGGGGAGGUGAUGCUCUGGAGCUCAAGGGAGAGAACGAUGGUGUCUGGAUCGACCACUGCAAGUUCUCCAAGGUUGGUCGCAUGUUCAUCGUCACCCACUACGACGGCUCCCGCCUCACCAUCUCCAACUCCGAGUUCGACGGUGUCACUGACACUUCUGCUUCCUGCAACGGCAACCACUACUGGACCAUGAUGUUCUACGGCGAGGGCGACAAGGUCACUCUUGACCGCAACCACUUCCACGACGUUGCUGGCCGGGCCCCCAAGCUCGGUGAGCCUGGCACCAACGGUUACUUCCACGCUACCAACAACUACUUCCAGAACAUGAAGGGCCAUGCUUUCGACGCCUACCAGGGUGCCAACGCCAUCAUUGAGGGUAACGUCUUUGAUGGUGUCGACCAGCCUGUUACCAAGGAGGCUGCAGGUGUCAGCACCUUGUUCAUUCCUGAUGAGGCCGCUGCUGCUGCUUGUCAAUCUGUCCUUGGACGUGCUUGCGAGCCCAACUCUGUUACUUCCAGUGGCGACCUUCCCGUCAUGAAGGGUGAGAGCGGUCUCAAUGCUGUCGCCCAGAACAAGGACAACAUGAUCACUCCUGUUUCCGCUAGCGAGGUCGUCGCUCUUGUUUCUGGAAAGGCUGGACCCGCUGGUGUUGGUUCCGGCUCUGCUCCCACCUCAGGUUCUGGAUCUGCUGAGACCUCCCCCAUUGCUUCUGAGGCCAUCCCCGAGUCUACUCCCGAGUCCGCCCCUAGCCAGGAGGCUGCUCCCCAAGACGACUACGAGCAGUCCGCACCUGUUGUUGCUGAGCAGGAUUGUGAUGACGAGGCCGUCACCCAGGCUCCUGAGCCCACUUCUGUUGCCGACUGCGACGAGGAGCCUGAGUACUCCGAGUCUGCGUCCGCGCCUGCCGUUACCGAGGCUGCUGCUGGUGAAUCAGAGGCCGAUUGCGAUGAGGGAUCUGAUUAUGAGUCUGCGCCUGUUCCCAAGGAACAGGAGACCUCCACCCCUGUUGCUGACUGCGAUGAGGAGCCUGAGGCUGAGUCCAAGCCUGAGGCUCCCAAGCAGGAACAGACCACUGUCCCUGAGGCCGAUUGUGACGAGAGCGAUUACGAUUCCCAGUACGAGGCUAGAUCUGUCGCUCCCAGGGCCGUUGAGAACGCUCAGGCCGAUUGUGAUGAGGGUUCUGACUAUGACACCAAGCCCGUUGCCCCCAAGGAACAGGAGUCUCCUGUUGCUCAGGCUGACUGUGACGAGGAGCCCAACUACGACUCUGAGUACUCUUCAAAGCCUGUUACCCCCAAGGAGACUGAGUCUGCGACGAAGCCCGUGGCUCAGGCUGAUUGCGACGAGGAGCCUGCUACCCCUAAGGAGUCUGCUCCUGCUACUAAGCCUGUCGCUACUAAGGACACCGCCUCUGCUGACUGUGACGAAGAGUCUGACUAUGACUCCAAGCCCGAGGCUCCCAAGCAAACUGAGGCUGCUACUCCCGUGGUUGAUUGCGACGAAGAGGCCGAGCCCGUUGUCAAGGCUGAGCCCAAGCCUACCACCGCCCAAAAGGACUGCGACGAGGAGGACGAGACUGUCGGAGCUGCCGCCAAGGACACUCCUUCCAAGGAGUCUGCUUCCAGCGGUUCCUCUACCGUGCAGAUGUACGGCCAGUGUGGUGGUGCCAACUUUUCUGGAUCCACCAAGUGUGCUGCUGGAAGCUCUUGCAAGAAGGUCAACGAGUACUACUCGCAGUGUCUUAGCCACAGCCGCGUUCGUCGUCACAUGCACGUUUACGUCGAGAAUGAGGCUACUCAGCCUUAG